AGUGGGGGACGGUUCACGCGCACAGAGAGGUCAUGUUUAUGAACGGCGAGUCCCGUCUACCUGCCGUAGUUCAGUGAGCUGUAAUCAUCAACCCAGCAGCGGCAGCUCGUUGACGGAAGCCCGGCUCCCUCCUCCUCCCCCCUCGGACGGUUUUGUGUCAUUUUGAAGGGCAUGUCAGGGCAGACCGUGCGCUCAGCCGCACCGCGGAGAGACAGCGGGUGGCGUUUCUGAGAGUCCACCUCUCACCCGCAUCGCUCCAAACCCACCUGCACCUCCUCACCAACACCCAUCCUCUCAGGGAGAGAGAGAGGAGGGAGGGAAGGAAGGGAGGGAGGAAGCGAGGCGCUGAGAUGCCGAUGGUUUCCUGGGGGCGCCAGGAAAUUAAAGUUCACUCUAUUUUUGUGUAAUAGAGCGCGAGUCUUGUACAUUUCACAGCAAGAGUGGACUGAGCGACCUCCACACGGUUUGAUCUCAAGCCUUUUCAUCAGAAGAACCACAACAGAAUUUUCAGAAAUGGACCAAGAUAAUCAGAACCAAAGCAAGACCGAAGAGGAAAACCCGAACAAUGAAGCAGAGUCUUCAUCAACAGCUCCAGCAUCCAACACGACAACUCCUGCCCAGGAUCCAUCAACCUGCCAGCCUCCAGGYCCCCUCAGGCCUCGGCGGCCACAGAGAAGUGCCAGAAUCGAGGGUUCUGUGGACGCGUCAGAGCUCAAAGCUGAACCCACUCCACCGACUAACCGGAGUGAGACCGCCAGCGACGGUGCUGUAGUGAGCCGCCCCAAGCCCUCUCGCCCCGCGGCACUCGAACCUGCAGGAGAUCCCACCAGGCCGAGCGGUAAAGUCRGUCCUAAGGUUCCGGGUCACCACCCGCCGCACCCGGUUAGGGCCGCCUCAGUGCCCCAGCCCCCAGCCAGCAGGCCUCUUCCYCCUCACCUGAACCCACACGCACAGAGAGCCCUCUCUGUGGCGGGCACUGCCGACACCGAACCUCAGACUGUGGAGGACUUCAGGGUGCACAUCAUCACCUGGAAYGUGGGCUCAGCCACGCCGCCCGAUGACAUCACGUCUCUGCUGGGACUGAACGUGGGAGACGGAAACACAGACAUGUACAUUAUCGGGCUGCAGGAAGUGAACUCUAUGAUCAACAAAAGACUGAAAGAUGUCCUCUUCACAGACCAGUGGAGUGAAGUCUGCAUGGAGAGAUUAAGCCCCUUUGGUUAUGUUCUGGUGACGUCACAGCGAAUGCAGGGGUUGUUACUGCUCAUCUUUGCCAAAUACUUCCAUCUGCCUUUCCUCCGUGGAAUCCAGACCGAGACCACCCGCACAGGCCUGGGGGGUUACUGGGGGAAUAAAGGUGGUGUUAGCGCCCGCAUGUCAGCGUUCGGUCACAGCAUCUGCUUCCUCAACUGCCACCUGCCGGCUCACAUGGAGAACUCAGAACAGCGCAUGGAAGACUUUGAGGCCAUCCUGCAGCAGCAGCAGUUUGAGGGCCAGGCGGCCAUCGGGGUUCUGGAUCACGACCUAGUGUUCUGGUUUGGAGAUCUCAAUUUUCGCAUCGAUGACCUGGAUGUGCAAGUUGUGAAGUCAGCCAUUGAUAACAACAAGUUAUCAGUUUUGUGGGAAAAAGAUCAGCUGAACAUGGUGAAAGACAGUGAGAUGGUGUUGGAGGGAUUUCAAGAGGGGCCAUUAAAGUUCCCUCCUACCUACAAGUUUGACGUUGGAACCAACACAUACGACACGAGCGGGAAGAAAAGGAAGCCAGCUUGGACCGACCGGAUCCUCUGGCGCCGGAGAGCCACUGUGCCUGCUGCUCAGGGUGUGGGGAAGCGUGGUUCUGUGUCAGGUCUCACCAGUGGGAUCAAAGUGACCCAGCACAACUACCGAAGUUACAUGGAGUACACCGUCAGUGACCACAAACCGGUCUCCUCCAUCUUCACCCUGCAGUUCCCAUACAAGGUGGAUGUUCCACUGGUCACACUGGUUGURGAGGAUGAGUGGAACACUGUUGAGGAUGCAAAAACAGUGUUUAAAUURUCACCCAACUAUUCUCGCAGCUCCUGGGACUGGAUUGGAUUGUACAAGGUGGGUUUCAAGCACCACAAGGAUUAUGUGGGCUAUGUGUGGGCCAAGCAGGAGGAGAAUGACUUUUAUCGUCAGGAACAUCAGGUAACCUUUACCGAGGAGGAAUUACCCAAAUGCUCAGGAGACUUUAUCUUGGGUUACUACAGCAACAACAUGAGCUCCAUUGUGGGUGUAACAGAGCCAUUUCAGAUCCAGCUUCCAACUUUAGAGCACGUCAGCAGCUCUUCAGACAGCUCCGACUUCAGCUCAGAAGACGACAGCACCGUCGUCAUGAAGGUGMGGUCCCACAGUUCCAGUCCUCAAAAGGACAAACACCGUCGGAGCGGCAGCCGCAGUCGCUCAGGCAGCCGCCCCAGCAGCCCGACGCAGGCCCAAACCGAGGAGCUGAAGACCGCCGACAGGAGCGCAGCAGAAACAGAGUCUGCAGGAUGCCCAGAAGAGGGCGGCAGCAGGCAGCAGCAGGCUGGUCCUGGGGAAACAGACAAACACACGGAAGAUUCAGGAAUGUGAUGCAACCCUCGGUCCCGCUGUUGUUGCAGGUUACAUAGCCAAAUGUUGUCUUUAUUUCAUACAUCAAGUACACUGUAUAUUGUCUGUGAUGCCAUCUGUUUCAGAAAUAAUCAUCUGGUUUGUCUAGAUGGUUUAUUUGGCCUUGAGUUGUUUUUCUAAACCGUGCACUUUGCGUGUUUUUUUUUGUAUACCUCUCACUUUCUCCAGUGUUUCCUCUAUCAUUGUCUGUUCUCAGGUGUGGACUGUACAGGGAGCUCAUAGCUUGUGUUAGAAAUUAGAAAUUACUCAAGGAUUAUGAGGUUCGUGUAGCGCUGUAACUAGAUAUGAUUUAAAACCAUCUUCACUUUCCAGACAGUGUAGACACUUUUCACUUGCUCACAUAUCAUUCACUACUUGUUUAAAGGGGCAAAAUAUGUCUAAAAUGAGAGAAUUURGCUGAUUUAAAACUGAAACUCUUUUCCAGCUUUAAGAGUUGCUCGUUUCUGCGAACAGAGACAGCCAGGCAGGUUUUUUUUUUAAAUAUGAGUCUGGCCUUACAAACGUUGCCUGCGUUGGRAAGUCGACACACGUGACAACGUGACACAUGAUAUGCAGGGAGCACCUGAACUGAUCUAUUUCAAAAUCAGAACACCAUUCCAGGGUGCAAAAAAACGGACGAACUAAAGUAAGUGGAGACGAGGCUCAGAUGUACGUGGCACACUGAACGUCGGCUUAGUGUGUAACGAUAUGGACAAGGGUCUUUAAAUAGACAGUUGUAUCGCUGCAUCAGGGAGUGAGGGGUGUGGAAGGUCACUCAGCUGUUGUACAGCUGUCCUGCCAUAAGUAGAGGAUUAACAGUUGGUCCCUUACUGCCAACACCAGWAAAAUCUGCAGCAAUACCUGACAAUGUUCCAGUGUUUGUGACAAGUCUUCAGCUUCACAACCUUAAAUCUCCAUUAUUCAACAGCAGAAAAAAAAACAUUAUUGUUUGAUUGCACUUUGCUUUAAAGGGGACAUAACAUGAAAAAUCUACUUUAAUAGCCAUUAAAUACAUUUUGUUGUGUACUUGGAGUGCAGAAAAUUUGAAUUUAGUCUAUCCCARUGCUGCUUGGUUGUCUUUAUAUUCUGUUUGAGUCAUAUUUUUUAACCYGUUCAGUUUUCUCUUUGACGUUUUCCAAACUAUGUCAUCAAAGUAUUUGCUACGGAACUUCUAAAUAAGGUCUGGACUUACUAAUUAAAAUUUUGCCGUCUUCAUUCACCUCUUUCUCUGGGUCAGACUCAGGCUCCAACAUGUAAGGAUGUGGACAAGUCUUCAGUUGUUGACAUCUUUAUUAAUUUGUAAAUAGAAACUUUUUGCACUUCAAUACAGUUUUUAACCCCUCUAUCAAAUAAGAAUGGAAGCUGGAGGAGGGCGGAGUGUGAAGUGCAUCUUUUGGAUUUAAAGAGACAGCCUCAAAACGAGUUGAUCUGAGA